AUGUCUAUCUCGAUUGUGCCAUCAUCAUCAUCAUCAUCAUCAUCAUCAUCAUCAUCAUCAUCAUCAUCAUCAUCAUCAUCAUCAUCAUCAUCAUCAUCAUCAUCAUCAUCAUCAUCAUCAUCAUCAUCAUCAUCAUCAUCAUCAUCAUCAUCAUCAUCAUCAUCAUCAUCAUCAUCAUCAUCAUCAUCAUCAUCAUCAUCAUCAUCAUCAUCAUCAUCAUCAUCAUCAUCAUCAUCAUCAUCAUCAUCAUCAUCAUCAUCAUCAUCAUCAUCAUCAUCAUCAUCAUCAUCAUCAUCAUCAUCAUCAUCAUCAUCAUCAUCAUCAUCAUCAUCAUCAUCAUCAUCAUCAUCAUCAUCAUCAUCAUCAUCAUCAUCAUCAUCAUCAUCAUCAUCAUCAUCAUCAUCAUCAUCAUCAUCAUCAUCAUCAUCAUCAUCAUCAUCAUCAUCAUCAUCAUCAUCAUCAUCAUCAUCAUCAUCAUCAUCAUCAUCAUCAUCAUCAUCAUCAUCAUCAUCAUCAUCAUCAUCAUCAUCAUCAUCAUCAUCAUCAUCUCCAUCUCAUUGUCUCAUGGAUGAAUCAGGAAAAUGUAACUGGGGGAAUUCAGAACCAAAUUAUUCAGAGGUUGAAAAUAAAGAUGUAAAUAGUGGAGGAUGUGCUGCAGGAGGAGGAGGAGUUGGUGGUGGUGGCGGCGCCGCUGGUGGUGGUGGUGGUAACAAUGCUACUGGGAUGCGUAAUUUUAGACAAGCACUUAAAAUGCCGAAAGUAACACAUCAUUUCCUUGAAUUCCUUCAACCAGAUACAAGACUCUUCAAUACAGUUCUGGUCCCUGUUCCACCAGGCGAUGAGUCUAUACAAGCAUUACGCGUUGUAGCUUCAACAAUUCUCAUUUCACUUCACUCGAUUGCUGCACCAACAACCCAUCCAUCAGUCAGCACUUCUAGUUGUGAAAUCGGAGACAGUAAUUUGACACGACACUCAACUAUUAAUAACUAG